AUGACAAAUGAUCCGGAUUUAGACGACUGUGCCUUUCUAUCAGGUGGCGAAUCGAGUGGUCGACAGACGCGUCAGGGAGUCGCUGUUUGCUCACAGAGGCGCGCGCUACUGGUUGCUGGCAUCGUUUUGGGCUCACUGCUGCUCACCGCGCUGAUAAUUGCCUAUGCUGGACCACAAAAUGAUUGUUCGUGCGCUGGUAAAUUGGCACCGGGUUUCGAAACGGAUGAAGAGAACGACACACAGCCAUUCAAUCCGAUUGCGACGAAUGGAGAGCCUUAUCCAUGGCUGGAGGUGGCACUGCCAACGAGUGCGCGUCCACUGCGUUACAUGGUGACAAUACAUCCCAAUCUGACGACGCUGGACGUCAAAGGUCAAGUGACAAUCGAUCUCUUCAUGGAGAAGGAAACAAAUUUCAUAGUGUUACACAUACAGGACCUAAACGUCACCGAUAGGGCCAUUGUGACGACGGGCAACAAAGGUUACGCCAUUAAAAUUGUCAAAGUAUUGGAAUAUCCACCGCGACAGCAAUUGUACAUCGAAGUGAAGGAGAAGCUGAAGAAGAAGUCGAAUUACACGCUUAACUUGCGCUGGUAUUCGAAAUUAAAUCCGGAGCCGGAGGGUUUUUACGUGGAUCAAUAUGAGAGCUCUAACGGACUGGAGCGUUUGCUGGCAGCCACAGUAUUUCGGCCGAAUAGCGCGCGUCGCGCAUUCCCCUGCUUCGAUGAGCCGCAAAUACGCGCGCCAUUUCGCAUAUCUGUUUUCCGUGAUCGCUUCCACAUUGGUCUUUCCAAUUCCAUUGUGCAUACGACGGAGGAUGUGGGCUUCUAUAUGGGCACCGGUUUGCUACGUGACGAUUUCAUCGAGACGCCACCACUACCCGCCGAUGCUGUCGCUUGGGUGGUGAGCGAUUUUCAGCGUGAAUCUCUGCAGCCUUCACCAGCCUAUUUGCCAACAACACCGGCGCCGCCCGGCAGCGCUGGCUCGAAGAAAUCCGCUCAACUCAGCAAUUACCCUCAGUUGAAGGAGAAGAAGCCGCCCGUGCGCAAUAUAACCGCGCUCACACAUUCAUUGAAUAUUAAUCUGAUGAAGAAUACCACCACAACGACCGUUACACCCACUGCCGAAAGUAAUGGCAAGAAUUUGACAUCGCUCAGUCAGUCGACGGCUUCGCUAAUUAAACGUGCGCCAUCGUAUACUUUCUAUGCGCCACGUGAUCUACUGCCACGUUCAUCUUUUAUACUACAUACUGCACGUGACGUGUUGGAACAUUUGCAAACCUGGUUGGACAUAUUGUAUCCGUUGACGAAAGUCGAUUUUGUGGCGUUACCUUCAUUGGAUCGUAACAUUAUCUCUUCGUUGGGUUUGGUCACGCUGAAGACUGCCUUUCUCACCGAUCCCGAGUCCAUAACGACGGAGGAAUAUCAGAAGAGCGCCCUACAAGUGGCCGAAGCUAUGGUGAGACAGUUCUUUGGUGGCAUUACGUCGAGGAAGGUAUUAAAAGAUGUUUGGCUAUGGGAGGGACUCAUAAAAUAUUUGGGCAUACAUUCGCUUUCACCGCAACAAACCAAUUGGCCGUUGAGAGAAAUGUACCUGCUUAAAAUAGCUACAACAGCUUUGGACAUUGACGCCAUACAAGGUUGGGAUAGCAUUAUGAACGGCACAAAACAUGAUGGUAAUAAUGAAGAGUUUUUCAUACAAAAGACCGCUGCCAUAUUUUCAAUGCUACACACCGCCAUUGGCGAAGAUCGCUUCCGCGGUUGUCUUGGCGCUUUUCUGAAAAUCAAUCGUUUUAAAACUGCCGAACCCACAGAUCUUUGGACAAUUUGUACAAAGAAAGCCAACGGUUCCAAAAAUAUCAAAGACAUGAUGACUUUGUGGACUCAUCAACCGGGCUUCCCGCUACUGACUGUUACCAAACUGGGCAACAGCGUAUCCAUAUCACAGCGACCUUUCAAGCCGGCCGACUUCCUUGCCAUACACGAUGAGACUUACGACGGAAACAACUACAAUAAAACGGUGGUGAAUGUCACAGAGACGCCGAGCACUGUGGCACCAACGGCUGCGGGUAAAACCAAGCAACCGACAAAGAUGAAAUGGAUAUUCCCCAUAACCUACAUAACCGACACUAAUAAUGUUAGUGAGACUUUAUGGCUACAGAAUAUUGACGUAACUUUCAAUGUGCCAGAGAAUGUUAAAUGGAUCAAGGUUAACGCAAUGCAAUCUGGUUAUUAUCGCGUCUUGUACAACGAUGACAACUGGGCGAAUUUGAUUGAGGAACUUGCCAACAACCCUGAGAAGUUAUUGAGUGAGGAUCGCAUUGGUCUGCUGUCGGAUUCGUUUACGCUCUGUCACGCGAAUCUGUUGCCCUGUGAGAUCACCAUGAAUAUGAUACAAUAUUUACCUAGUGAAACAAAUUGGGGUCCAAUGACGGUGGCGUUGCGACACUUGGAGAAGUGGCGUCGCAUAUUGAAGUAUUCAGAAUGUUUCCUGAUGUUAUCGGAGUUUAUUAAAAUGAAAUUGGCUACAGUUAUUGAGAAAAUCGGCUGGAGCGAUGAUGGCGAUGAAGCAAAGAGACUAAUGCGACCGGAAGUACUAUUAAGCUCAGUGCUUUGGGAAGAUAUUGACAGCAUAACAAAGGCUAAAAACAUGUUAAACCAAUUUCUGUACUACAAUGGCACAGCGAUACCACCUAAUCUGAGAGAGGUGGUCUAUACCGGCUCCAUACUGUCCGGUGAAUACAUUUACUGGCAGCAUUGUUGGGAACGCUUCAUCGCGCUCCAGCGUACAUCGGAGAGUUUCGUCGAACGCAUGCAAUUACUGCGUGCGCUCGGCCGUACCAAAGACGCUUGGCUACAAAAUCGCCUACUAUCGCAUGUCACCAUGCUGCCAACCGUUGAAGUGGUGCAAGUUUUACAGGCCAUUGCUGGCACACCGACAGGUGGCGCGAUGGCGUGUCGCUUUCUGCAAGCCAAAUGGUUUGAAUUGGAAACACGGCUUGGUCACGGUACGCUAAGCUUCGCCAAAGUGAUAUCGGCGAUAACACAAUAUGGCGCGACGAAGUUCGACUACGAUGAGCUGAAAUCGCUGGUGCACCGUUUUGGACGCGGUCCCGGCAUGGAAGUGCUGAAUAUGACGCUUAGCAGCGUGGCUUCCAAUGUCGAGUGGGUGGCGCGCUCUCAGACAUCGCUGUAUAAAUGGGUGGAGAGCAACUUGCAUUCGCAUUGAUUUUGCACAACAAAAGCAAAAACAAUAUUAUUGAUAAUUUUAUUUCUAUUUUUUAGUUUACUUGUAGAGAUUCUCAUCAUACAGCUAAAACUAUGUUCAAAAUCAUUGUAAAAGUCAUACAUACUAACAGUUAUCACAACGUACAUAUAGACAUAUGAAUGUAGCUACACAUGUGCAUACAAACAUACUACUUAUAUAUAGUUACUUAUAUAUUUAUCUAUAUAUAUAACAAGCAGUCAAACACGCAUACAUACAUUUCCUCAUUUGUAAUUAUGUUCCUUAUCUACUACAUAAAUAUUUAUACAUACAUACAUAUUCAUACAAACUUGCAUAAUAUACAUAGCAUGCGUAAAUCGCGCAGCUCUAGACAUUAUUGGGCCGCUUAUGGCUAAUGGUUGGCGCAAAAAAAGUAAUAGGGAGUCUUCUAGGUUUAAUUAUAGGUUAGGAUAAAGGUACUGGAAUAUAAGUUUAUCAUAUCAUCUAAAGUGUAUAGUAGCUAAAUUAUAUUAAGUGUGUGUAGAAAACUUGGAAUUCGUUAAUUUUUUUUUU